AUGAAAGGAUGGUAGAAUUAGUAUGAAAUUGCAUAAAAAGUGAAUAGAGAGGAUGAUUAUUAUGAAAGAAUAAUGCAGUUUGAAAAAAAUGAUUAUUAAACAACUACUUAGUCUAAAGAUCUUCUUGAAUAUAAAUUUUAUUAGUCUGAAUGUUUUAGCUUAGGGUAAUUAAUUGAGUCAUUGAAUUACAAUUUCAUCAAGAUCUAUAAAGGUUAGCUUUUAAUUAUUAUAUUGGAAAUCUUAAAACAACUUUAAUAAUUACAUUAAUGUAAAAUAUCACAUGGAUAAUUAAUACCUUAAAACAUUGUUAUUAAAUUAAAAAAUGAUAAAAAUAAUAAAUUAACCAUCAUAUAAACUAAAUUUACAAUACAAUAAACUUAUUGA